UAUUUAAAAUGAUAAUUAAAGUUGGUCACCUCAAUGGUGAGGUUAGACUAUAUGAUUUAGCUGAUAAUUGCACAGCUAAUUAGUUGAUGAUGUUGAUUCAAUCUGAAAUAUAAUGCGAAAUCUCUUUGGUGAGUAAUGGGGAAGCUGUUGCAGCAUCUGCUUUAUUAGGUAAAGAAAUCAAAUAAUCUUGUUAGGCAACGAAAGCAUAUAUUAUGUGAAUGUAGAUGCAGAAGGAGGUAAAAAGAAAAAGAAGAAGAAGAAGAAUUUUGCUAAACCCAAGAAGAAGAAGCAUAGACACCGAAAAGUGAAAUUGGCAACUCUUAAGCUAUAUACUGUAGAUGGUAAAGGCUUAGUUUAAAGAUCACAUAAAUAAUGUCCAUAAUGUCCUUAAGGAGUUUAUAUGGCUAAACAUUUUGAUAGACACUAUUGUGGUACAUGUCAUUAAACAUUCAGAAUGGACGAAGCAACAGUAAGAUUUGUUUUUAAUAUGUAUAGAUUAAAGCAAAUUUAGAAGCAAUAAAAAAAUAAUAAGCAGCCAAAGCAGCAGCGGCAGCAGCAGCAGCUCCAGCAGGAGGAGCAGCAGCUGGAGGAGCAGCAGGUGGUAAGAAAGGAAAGAAGAAGUGAU